AUGGAUGUGUAUAGCAUACGCGAGCAAGCGGGUGAAAAAUUAUACCAUCAAAAGCCCAUUCAGGCCGAUGUGGUGGUGGGGGUUCCCGAUUCGGGCAUUCCAGCCGCGGUGGGUUAUGCCAAGGCAUCGGGCAUUCCGUUCAAACCCAUUUUGAUAAAAAACAAAUACAUUGGUCGAUCGUUUAUCGUGCCUUCGCAAGAAAUGCGUGAAAAAUUGGUCAAUCUUAAACUCAAUCCCAUUUUACAAGAAAUCAAAGGCAAACGGGUCGUCAUCAUUGACGAUUCCAUCGUGCGGGGUACCACCAGCAAACGUUUGGUGGAUAUUUUCCGAAAAGCGGGCGCCUUAGAAGUGCAUUUUCGGUCGGCAUCGCCCCCCAUUAUUGCGCCUUGUUUUUUGGGCAUUGAUACCCCUAAAAAAGACGAUUUGAUAUCGGCCCAUAACGAUACCGAAGCCGUUAGACAAAUGUUGGGCGUGGAUACGCUUGAUUUUUUGAGCAUGGAAAGCCUCAAACAAAUAUUGGGGGGGCAUGGCUAUUGCUAUGGUUGUUUUAAUGAGCAAUAUCCCGUAGAACCCAUCGACCGUCAACUGUUUGAUGGAUAUAAAGAACUUGUCCUUAACCUAGACUAA